AUGGACGCACGUCGUGGACCUCUUCCGGUCCCUAAAGUCCGCCGAGUAGGUUUCUUUACAUCAAUCGAGCCGUCACCGGAGACGCCGCGACCGAAUCGAAGCCAAUCCGGCCCGGCAGAGGCACUAACUUCUUCCUCCCCUCUCUCCGAUUCUCCCUCCGGAAAUUUCAUUUCUCCGGUCCAGAUACCACCGUCGCGUUACCACUCUGAUAAUCUGGCAUCUCGCGCAGCGCCUGUGCCCGUCCCUGGACCUUCCGCCUUCCGCCGUCACCUAGCACAUGACCGGAGUCUCCACGUCGGCAGUUACAACCCUGUGGAUUCUCUCCUCGGGACAUCGCCGCCGUCGAGUAAUGGAGAGCUCUCUGAGGAUUCGAAUUCUCUGUUUGGGUUCCAGCGAAGCGAUUCGGGGAAACUAUCGGCGAGCUUUCCUAAUGGAGGAUUCGAUUUGACUAUGUCAGUUAGAGCUCCACAGGAAUUCAAAUCCAAAAUUGCGACCGCGUCGACUUCUGAAGCGAGAAAGAACAAUGGUGAAGCUUCUGGAAAGAAGGAACCUGUGACCACAAAGCCCCAGAAGGAAAAGGAAACGAAAUCGCUGAAAGAGAAAACCAGUAAAGCAGAAAGGCGUGCCAUCCAAGAAGCACAACGGGCAGCAAAAGCUGCUGCAAAAGGCGAAGGAAACAGUCGUGGAGAUGAUUCUGGUAGAGCCAAACCCAGCAAGGCUACGAAACAGCCUCAGCCGAAGAAAGAGGGACUUCCCGGGACAUCAUCCGUCUCUGAGAAAAAAUCUGUAGCAGUAGAAAAAGAGAGGAAGAUGGAUGUUCCUCAGACACAGAUGCAGUAUGACGAUAAAAGUCGAGUGGAGAAAGCCAAGAAGCGUUCGGUUGUUGAGCAGAGUGAGAGCAAGAACAAGGUUGAGUUAUUUCUCCAUCUUCCUCAAUAUGAGCGUGGGAAUCAGCUUCCCAAUUUAACCUCCAAUAUAUUCACACUCGAUACCAUACACCACGCGGUCUAUAAGGUGGGUUUGCAACAUUUGGCCAGAGAUAUAUCUGGGGACAAUACGCGAUGUAUCGCCAUGCUCCAAGCAUUUCAAGAAGCUAUAAACGAUUACACUACACCUCCUACGAAAGACUUUGCCAUGGAUUUGACAGCCAAGAUAAACGGUUAUGUUUCAUUCUUGAUAGAGUGUCGCCCGCUCUCCAUGAGCAUGGGAAACGCAAUUAGGUUUCUGAAGAACCAAAUCAGGAAACUACCUGUAAACCUGUCCGAGUCUGAGGCAAAAGCUUCUCUCUGUUCCGAAAUCGGCCGGUUCAUAGACCAGAAGAUCAUUCUUGCAGGCAACGUAAUCGUACAACACGCCGUGACAAAAAUCAGGGACGGAGAGGUUCUUCUCACGUAUGGAUUCUCUUGUGUGGUUGAGAUGAUUCUCUUGUACGCUCAUGAAAUUGGGAAAAAGUUCCGUGUGGUGAUUGUUGACUCACGCCCUAAUCUUGAAGGUCAAAAGCUACUCCGUAGACUUGUGACCAGUGGCCUCGACUGUACCUACACUCAUAUAAACGCCAUUUCCUACAUCAUGCGCGAUGUCACACGGGUUUUCCUCGGGGCUUCAUCGAUCUUCUCUAAUGGAACUCUUUACUCGAGAGUCGGCACAGCCUGCGUUGCAAUGGUUGCAAACGCGUUUAGUGUUCCUGUCAUUGUCUGUUGUGAAGCUUACAAGUUCCAUGAAAGAGUCCUACUUGAUUCAAUCUGCUCCAACGAACUAGGCGAUCCUGAUGUUAUAGCCAACGUACCUAUUAGAGCCAACGCAAAGCAUUUGAAGACGAUGGAUAGCAACAAAAACCUUCAGUUUCUUAAUCUAAUGUACGAUUCAACUCCUUCGGAAUAUAUAUCUAUGAUCGUAACGGAUUAUGGAAUGAUUCCUCCGACGAGCAUACCAGUGAUUGUUCGUGAAUACAGGAGAGAACACUUGUUGCUAUAA